CUGAACGAGUCUUCCUCUUCUUGUCGCCCGCAGCGCUGCUGUUCUUCGACUCGUACGCCGCGGUCCUGGGCGCCAUGGCGGUGGUGGGCGCCGCGCGGGGCGUCAACGUCGUGUUCCUCCAGCUGCUGAUCCCGGACAACGUGCCGAUCCAGCGGCUGCCCAGCGCCCAGGGGCUGUACCUGCUCACCAACGGCGUCAUCUUCAUGGCCGUGGGACCCUUCAUGGGCUGGAUGGUGGGCAAGAACAAGGACUACAACGUGGUGAUCGUCGUGCUCGCCGCCAUGAACGCCCUCACCCUCGCCGUGUGGGGCGCGCAGCAGCUCCUGCAGACGCUGGCGGCCAGGCGGCGGCCGACCAAGGGGCAGCAAGAGGGGGAGGCCGACGCUGCCGUCUGACGUCGUCGGAUGAGCGAACUCCAGAGACACUUGUGACAUUGAUCUCCAAAGUGCUGUUCAGCUAUCAUUUCCAUGUAUUUUCUCUUUUUCGACGCCGACGUCGAUGUGCGCGGGCGCCACGACGAAGCGCGGUGGAGAGAGAGAGAGAGAGAGAGAGAGAGAGAGAGAGCGAAGAGAGGGAGGCCGCACGGCCAACAAAUUAAAA